AAAUUUUAAAAUCUCAUUUAAACAUUAGACAUGGACCAUACAACGGCGUUUUGUUGUAAAGCUGCAUUUCACACACACUACAUUUUCAGCAUAUACCGAUGCCGUUUCAUCUGUGUGUUUGUCCUGUUAAUAAUUAGUUCAGCUUCUCCACACACAGUAAUUGAAGGUGUUGAAGGAGAGUCCAUCACCUUGCCAUGCAGUCACACAAACGUUAAACUUACAAGCAAAAAUCUUGUGGUUCACUGGAGACACAAUGACAUCAGGAACGUGCAUGAUAUUAUUCAGAGCAGGAUUUCUGUACAGGAACAGCACUCGGUGUAUAAGAACAGAGCAUCUGUUAAUCCUGAUGAGUGUUUGAGAGGUGACUGCAGUCUGACACUUACCCAACUUCAGGCAUCUGAUGGAGGAAUGUAUUUGUGUUAUAUCCCCGCCAUGGGUGUUUUCCAGAAUGCAGAACUGAUCGUCAAAGGUAGAUCUUUCAGAGAAUACAGAGCUGAUCUGUUAAGAAGCCAUGGUACAGAGACAAGACCGAGUCUGAUCCUAAUUCCUGUUUUUGGAUUUAUUCUGCACUUUAUUUAAUUACUUUAUUUAAAUUGUCUGUUCUACUGCACAUGAAGGACUGAUCCAGGAGCAGCUAUUAUAUUUUGGCCAAGUCUACAAAAAAUCUGUUAAUGUCUGUGUAAAUAUUUUUAUGUAUGUACUGAAGGAUCCUACCUUAGAUCCUCACGUGCAGAAUGUUUUUAUUAUUGUGUUUUUUUUAAUCUUUAAUCAUUUAUUUACAUAAUCAUCAUAAUCAUUUUAUAAUCAUUAGUUAUU